AAAGGUCUUUAGCCCAUUGCAAAUUUAUCGGUGAAUUAUUUAAACAAGGGGCUUUUACCGAAAAAAAUAUAUUGUCGUUCAUUCACGAAUUAAUGAAAGUAAAAGAUAUUCUGAAUAUUCAUUGCUUAUGUAUAAUAUUACAAAUAGCAGGACAAAAAUUAUCAAAAACUCAUAAUUUGGACGGUAUAGUACAUCAUAUUCUAUUAUUUAAAAAUGAAAACACUGUCCUCAUAAAAAUGUCACCAACUCUUCAGUCUUUGAUGUUCAAAAUACAAAACUUGCAUUUAAAAUGUUGGAUACAUGAAGAACCUCUUAAGUUAAUUGAGGACAAUGAACACUAUAUUUCCUUUGAAAAUUUGCCGGAGCAAUUAAAAAAACUAUAUGAUCUUAAAUCAUAUACAGUAAUGGCCCAAUGUAUUAUUGAUGAAUGUAUGGCUGUUCUUAACGGUUUUGACAAGAUAAAUAUCAAUGAAAUAGUACAUUCGUUAAAAUAUAUCAACUCGUGGAUACAUUACGAUCAAGUGUCAUUCGUUGCUUCUAUGAUACUUAUAACACUAAAUGAAGACCAAAGUAUUCGCCAUAAGGCUGGUAUACUUUUAAACUUAUUUAUUAAGAAAGGCUUGUUAUCAAUUGGUUCGGUUUUAUCGGGAAUUGACAAAAUAAUGGAUGACUCAGAAUUGAAAAUAGAACUUCCAAGAUUAUCAGAUUUAUUAUUUGACAUCACUACAAAAAUACACAGACAUCUUCCGAUGAUUGAUAAGCCAAUCGGAAAAACAAGUAAUGUUAUAGGACGAUCACGCCACAUCAGUCCACUAUAAAUUGCCGAAGCGAGUGAUGUAUAUAAAGGCAUUAGAAAUCUCAAUUCCGGUAUAAUACGAUUUAUUGUGAAUAUUUACUUUGUUUUCACUUCUAUUCUUAAAAAACCAACCAAAACCAAAAUGGGCGCUGAAAAGGUAUCCAUGAAUAUCGUUGUCGUCGGACAAGUCGAAUCUGCCAAGGUCAUCAAGACUGUCGCCAAAGCUGCACCAAAAAUGAGCUUAUUGAUGAACUUUUAACUCAUGUAAUCCAUCAAUCGCCAAAUCAAAAAUGCCAUAGCUCAAACAAUGUAUUUAUAUGUAUAUAAUAUGUAUUGAGACAUUGCUAAAUAUAUCAGUUCUUACCGUUA